CUCGGUCCGCGGCCGGCCCUGCGGGGCGGAGGGCCGAGAUGAGCUCGGCCUGGGUCACCGCCUUCGAGAAGCAGCACCUCUGGAUGCUCCUGCGGGCCCUGGGCCUGGAGCCCGGUUCGACCGCCAUCGCGGGCGGGAAGGUCCUGUCGUGCCAGCACCUCGGCGUGAACAUGUUUGACAAGAUGAACCAUGAUGCCUUUCAUAUAGUUUCUUAUUUUUUGUUUCAAACGCUGGAUGCAUCUCUCACCAAAGAAAUUUUCAAAGUUUGCUGGCCUCCGCUUGAUCAAAAAAGUGACACAGAAUUCCGGAAACAUUGCUGUGAGUGGUUAAAAAAGAUAUCUGCUGAAUGUGGAAGUAGCUUUCCUCAAGUUGUUGGCUCAUUAUUUCUUUCUCCUGGAGGUCCUAAAUUUAUUCAUCUGAUGUACCAUUUUGCAAGAUACGUUGCAAUAAAAUAUAUUAAGACCAAUUCUAAAAAGUCUUCUCUGCAUUUUGCAGACACAUUUAAUGUAAAGCCACAAGAUAUGCACAGGUGCCUUGCCAGAUGCCAUGUAGCACGUAACAGAUUUUUACGAGUUUUGCAAAGAGAAUAUUAUGUUACCCAAAAAUAUCAGGAAAAUGCACAACUAUUGGUUAAGCAAGUACAAAAUUUGAGAUCAGAAUGUGUGGGACUGCAAAAUCAAGUUAAAAAAAUGGAAUCCUGUGAUGACCAAAGUAAAAUACAAGAGGAGAUUCAAAAGGUUCGAUCUUUGUGGACUUUAGUGAAUGAAACACUCAUGUUUUUGGAAAAGGAGAGAGAAGUUGUUAGUUCAGUCCUUAGUCUUGUUAACCAAUAUACUUUAGAUGGAACUGAUGUUGUUAUUAAUAUUCCAAGGCUCCUUCUAGACCACGUCGAGAAACAAAUGUGCCAGUUGCAGAUUGGAAAUGUUUAUGAGGCUGGAAAAUUGAACCUCUUAACAGUUAUUCAGUUGUUAAAUGAAGUCUUGAAAAUAAUGAAGUAUGAAUGUUGUAAAGCUGACCAAGCAAGACUGGCAAUAGACCUUCACUACCUUGAAAAAGAAACCAGUUUUCAAAAGGAAAGAUUGUCAGAUCUGAAGCAUUUGAGGCAUAAAAUAAAAGAAGAUUUCACUGCUAUAAGACAUUCUGUUAUUGAAAAGCAAGGAGCAUGGCAUAAAAAAUGGAAAGAAUUUCUUGGUCUUUCUCCUUUUAGUCUAAGUAAAGGUUGUACUCCAGCUGUGGAUCUUUUACCACCAAUGUCUCCACUUUCAUUUGACCCCGUGUCAGAAGAAGUAUAUGCAAAGAGUAUUCUUGCUAAGUAUCCUGCUUCACUUUCAGAUAUACAUAAGGAACAUGACCAAGAAAAUGGUUGCAGAAGAGACAUUGAUGCCCUAGGUCUGUGUGAUCCAAGCAGCAGCCCUGACUCUCUUCUGUUACCACCUGCUUCAUCAUCAUCAGAUAGAAAUAGUGUCACACUGCUUGAAAAGGAUACCAACAUGAAAACUCCCAAAGAAAAAACUAUAACAACUUACAAGCAAAUGCCAGCAUUUGAGGUGAAUGAUGCCCCUUUAUCGCCUACUACAAAGAAUACACAGAAUAGUCCAUUUAGAUCAUCUCUGCUAGCCAAGAAACGUGAUCUCUUCCAGAAAGAGCAAGAUCAUCUGGUAGAAGAGGUUGCCAGGACAGUCUUAUCUGAUUCACCACAGCUCUCUGAAGGCAAAGAAGUAAAACUGGAGGAACUAAUUGGCUCUCUAGCAUCUAAUCCCUUCUUAACGAGGAACCAAAUUCCCAGGACUCCAGAAAACUUGAUAACUGAAAUUCGGAGCUCAUGGAGAAAAGCUAUUGAAGCUGAAGAUAAUCGAAGAGAAGAACCAAUUGAAAUGACUGCUGAACCUAGAGAAGUAUUGCCAGAAUCUUCACCUGUAGUGCAUAAUCCCAGGGAAUUUAGCAUGGCCAGUUUUUUCUUAGACUUUGACCAGUCUUUGCCUGAAGAGAAGGUUGUUUCAGAUUGCUUCAAGCAAGUGCCUCAGAAACAUUUGGUGACAAGCCAUGUAGGUAAACUUUUAGCAGAAGAUCAGUCAGAUUUGUUAAACAAGAAGAUAAUUUGUAAGCAAAAUUCAGAAUGUACCAAGUUUUCAGAAACUAGUCAUACAGAGCUGUUCUCUCCUAUGGUGGGCAGUAGAACAGAUACACUGGGCAGAAGUGGAGAGGACUAUGUUAAAAUGCUGGACCACUCACACACUGUUGAUAGUGAACCAUCCAUGUAUAAAACCACACUCUGGAACUCUUUUCAGAUACUGAGUGACAUUGAGUCCAAGAGUCUCAAAGAUGUGGAAUUUGGAAUAUUACAUGAAACUCUUCCAGAAGAAGUUGGUCACCUAAGUCUCAAUAGCUCUAGGGGUUCGGAGGCCAGUUUUAAGGUGGAACAGAACAGUUCUGUGCACAGUGGCAUUUUUCCAGAUGGUGACAUGGGAAAAAAACAGACUACUCCAGAGUCGGAUUUCAAUUUACAGGCUAUUCGCAAUAGUUACGAGGCUCUGAAGAAAUCUCUUUCCAAAAUACGGGAAGAAUCUUACCUCUCUAACCCUAAGGCACUUGAAAAACACGAAAUAGAAUUGAACCCUACACCUCAAAACAUAAAAGCAGAUGAUACACUUAACUUUUUGGACACUCAUGAUUUGUUUAUUGACUGUACAAAACCAUCUUUACACAUGUCCUUUGGUGAAAGAAAACAGUCUGUUACCCUCAUCAAGUUUUCUCUGGUGGAUCAAAAAUUGAGGACCAUAGUACCAUGUAGUCUUGGAGAACUUCCAGCUAACUUAAAAGAAGAAGUCUUAAAGAAGAGCCUUGAUGGAAAAGAAUCCUUGACUUCACAAGAUGCAGCAUCCAGUUAAUUUAACAGAUGGACUUAAAUCACAACUGUUACAAAAUAGAAACUGAUUUAUAAUUUAAAUAUGCAUUGAAAGUAUAAUAUUCUCUCAAGGUCUACAAAUGUCUAAAUGCCUUAGCUUCAUGUAAUGUAUUUAGGUAAGGCAAGUAUGCUUGAAUUUUUUUCUUGGUAGAUACAAAGUAAAGUAUUUGGAAAGAACAAAGAACAAGGUUUGGGAAGCCAUUUUGAUUUUCUUUGAAUAAUCUUUCAAGUAUUAAGUAAAUGACAAUUAUAACUUUAGUUAACAGUGAUUUUGAUGUACUUUUAGUGUUCACAAUCUAAUAACAACCAGAUAUCUUAUUUUUUCAUUAUAGUAAAAUGAAAUGUUUUUAUUGGGUCUUUAUGGAACAUUCUGGUACUAACCAAAAACAAAGGGAAAAAAAUGGAGAAAAGUAGUGCCUUGGGAUAUGCAGUAAAGACAAAAAAAAUAUUAAACAUUCCAUGUAAUAUAA